CCCCGCCUCCUUCGCUUAAUUUGGCUACACAAAGGACUCGCCGCUCUCGUUGACGACCACCCACUAUUCCAAAUAAGGUCAGUCUGACCAUACACGGCGAACAAUCGACCGAAGUGGAUCCUUUUCCCUUCCUUAUCCCGUUUAUAUGGUACGGUGACUUCCGCUGUUGCUGUAAAAGCAGUGCGAUCAUGGCGGAGCGCGUUCAGCAGCCCCCAGCUAAACGGCUCUGCUGCCGACCCGGCUACAACCCGGCGUGCAGACAGGGACAGCGGGCUGGAGGAGCAGUGUGCGGCGGUCCGGGUACUGCCCAGGGGGGAUCGGGCAAAACUCAGAGCCCGGAGUCGCUGCUGGACAUCGCAGCAAGGAAAGUAGCGGAGAAGUGGCCGUUUCAGAGGGUGGAGGAGCGAUUCGAAAGGAUCCCGGAGCCCGUCCAAAGGAGGAUCGUCUACUGGUCAUUCCCUAGGAGCGAACGGGAGAUCUGCAUGUAUUCUUCCUUCAACACAGGCGGCGAGGAGAAUGGUGCUGCCGGGGAGAACAGCGACGAGACCCGGCUGCCUUUCAGACGAGGCAUCGCUCUGCUGGAGAGCGGCUGCGUAGACAACGUUCUGCAAGUCGGGUUUCACCUGAGCGGCACAGUGACGGAACCAGCUUCCCAGUCGGAGCCUGAAAUUGUCUGCAAUGUGGCCAUUAGCUUUGACCGCUGCAAGAUUACCUCAGUGACCUGUAGCUGUGGAAACAAGGACAUCUUUUACUGUGCCCACGUUGUAGCACUCUCUUUAUACCGGAUCCGCAAGCCGGAUCAGGUCAAACUGCAUCUUCCCAUUUCAGAGACCCUCUUUCAAAUGAACAGAGACCAACUGCAGAAAUUUGUACAGUAUUUAAUCACGGUGCAUCACACAGAGGUUUUACCCACUGCCCAGAAACUAGCAGAUGAAAUUCUUUCCCAGAACUCGGAGAUCAAUCAAGUACAUGGAGCCCCCGACCCCACGGCAGGAGCCAGUAUAGACGACGAGAACUGCUGGCACCUGGACGAAGAGCAGGUCCAGGAGCAAGUAAAACUCUUCCUCUCCCAGGGAGGGUACCAUGGGUCUGGGAAGCAGCUCAACCUGCUCUUCGCAAAGGUUCGCGAGAUGCUGAAGAUGAGGGAUUCUAAUGGUGCGCGCAUGCUAACCUUGAUAACGGAGCAGUUCAUGGCAGACCCUCGCCUUUCGCUUUGGAGGCAGCAAGGCACCACCAUGACUGACAAGUACAGGCAGCUCUGGGACGAAUUAGGUGCCCUGUGGAUGUGCAUAGUCUUAAAUCCUCACUGCAAGCCAGAACAGAAGGCAGGCUGGCUAAGGCAACUGAAGAAGUGGAACAGUGUGGAUGUUUGUCCCUGGGAAGAUGGUAACCAUGGAAACGAGCUGCCCAAUUUAACCAAUGCCUUGCCUCAGGGUGCAAAUGCUAACCAAGAUUCAGCCAACAGGCCUCACCGGACUGUUUUCACACGAGCCAUCGAAGCGUGCGAUCUCCACUGGCAGGACAGCCACUUGCAGCACAUUAUCAGCGGUGACCUCUACAACAACUACUGUUACCAUGACAACACUGAAAAUUCACUCUUUGACUCUCGCGGUUGGCCCCUAUGGCACGAACAUGUCCCCACAGCUUGUGCUAGGGUGGAUGCACUGAGAUCUCACGGUUACCCCAGAGAGGCACUGAGGCUGGCCAUCGCCAUCGUCAACACUCUGCGCAGGCAGCAGCAGAAACAGCUGGAGUUGUUCCGGGGACACAAGAAAGAGCUGCUUCACAAAGGCGUAACAUCAGUCACCAACCUCGAGGGCUGGGUGGGACACCCCUUGGAUCCAAUUGGCACUCUGUUCAGCACACUGAUGGAGAGCUGCCGAAUGGAUGAGGACAUUGCCCCAGGCUUCUCUGACUUCUCAGAUGCCAUGGGGCAGUCCAAGAGCGGGGACUUCCAGUUUCCUACACAGCGGCUGCUGGAGGAGGGAGAGUCGUACCUGACCCUGGCAGUGGAAAUGGCGCUGGUGGGGCUUGGCCAGCAGAGGAUCAUGCCCGAUGGCCUCUACGCCCAGGAGAAGGUCUGCCGCAACGAGGAGCAGCUCAUCGCCAAGCUACAGGAGAUCGACCUGGAUGACACCCUCGUCAAGAUUUUCCGAAAACAAGCAGUCUUCCUGUUAGAGGGUGGGCCCUACAGUGGUCUGGGGGAAAUCAUAUACAGAGAGAGCGUUCCAAUGCACACCUUCGCCAAGUAUCUCUUCACCUCUCUCCUACCUCACGAUGCUGAACUGGCAUACAAAAUUGCACUGAGAGCCAUGCGGUUACCAGUGUUGGAAUCCACAGCUCCUACAGGAGACAUGUCCCGCCCCCAUCACAUAGUGUCUGUCGUUCCCAACCGCUACCCCCGCUGGUUCACCCUGAGCCACGUUGAGUCCCAGCAGUGCGAGCUGGCAUCCACCAUGCUAACUGCAGCCAAAGGUGAUGGUCGUAGGCUAGAAACAGUGUUAGAAUCCAUCCAAAAAAAUAUCCACUCCUCGUCACACAUCUUCAAGCUUGCCCAGGAUGCUUUCAAAAUAGCAACUCUUAUGGAUAGCUUGCCGGAUAUCACUCUACUUAAAGUAUCUCUGGAGCUGGGCCUUCAGGUGAUGAGAAUGACGCUCUCGACAUUAAACUGGCGCCGGCGGGAGAUGGUACGAUGGUUGGUCACUUGUGCCACAGAAGUAGGGGUGUACGCGUUGGACAGCAUUAUGCAGAGCUGGUUCACACUCUUCACUCCCACGGAGGCCACCAGUAUUGUUGCCACGACAGUGAUGUCCAACAGCACCAUCGUUCGGCUGCACCUGGACUGCCAUCAGCAGGAAAACCUGGCAAGCAGUGCGCGCACACUGGCCCUGCAGUGUGCUAUGAAGGAUCCCCAAAACUGCGCCCUCUCUGCCCUCACGCUGUGUGAGAAGGACCACAUUGCCUUCGAGACAGCCUACCAGAUCGUUUUGGACGCUGCUACCACAGGCAUGAGCUACACACAGCUCUUCACCAUAGCUAGGUAUAUGGAGCACCGUGGUUACCCGAUGCGGGCGUACAAGUUGGCAACUUUGGCCAUGACUCAUCUCAACCUGAGUUACAAUCAGGACACGCACCCAGCCAUUAACGAUGUGUUGUGGGCCUGUGCUCUGAGUCACUCCCUUGGCAAAAAUGAACUUGCUGCCAUCAUACCCUUGGUGGUAAAGAGUGUAAAGUGUGCCACCGUGCUUUCAGACAUUUUACGGCGGUGCACUUUGACCACACCUGGUAUGGUGCCACUUCAUGGUCGACGGAACUCUGGGAAGUUAAUGUCACUGGACAAAGCCCCACUAAGACAGCUAUUGGACGCUACAAUUGGGGCAUACAUCAACACCACGCACUCUAGGCUCACUCACAUCAGCCCUCGGCACUAUAGUGAAUUCAUCGAGUUCCUUAGCAAGGCAAGAGAGACCUUCUUAAUGGCUCAUGAUGGACACAUCCAGUUUACACAGUUUAUUGAUAACCUGAAACAGAUAUACAAAGGCAAAAAGAAACUGAUGAUGUUGGUGCGGGAGAGGUUCGGUUGACGGAAUUCUGUCUCUUUCUUUUUACUUGAGCCUGCCUUUGUAUCCUUUUUAACUUAAAAAAAUGAAAAUAAAAAAAAAAUC